CCUACCAGUAUUGGAUAUGAGUGUUGUUCUGUCGGCUAUGUAAUCUGACAUUUGACCGAAAAAACAAAAAAAACAAAGCGAAAGGCCAUUUUGAUCCGACAGCGUGUUUCCUCCUCCGCAUUGCAGCCGCUCCGCUGCUCCUCCCUCCUCAGCUGUAGAAAAUGCCAAAGGUAAAGACUAACCGGGUCAAAUACCCAGACGGAUGGGAACUGAUUGAGCCUACUCUUCGCGACCUACAAGCUAAGAUGAGAGAAGCGGAGAAUGAUACUCACGAUGGUAAGAGAAAAUGUGAGACCUUGUGGCCUAUUUUCAAAAUUGCACAUCAAAAGAGCCGCUAUAUUUUCGACCUUUACCAUCGAAGAAAGGAAAUAUCCAAGGAACUAUAUGAGUUCUGCCUGGACCAAGGCUAUGCUGACCGCAAUCUAAUUGCAAAAUGGAAAAAGCCUGGAUACGAACGCCUCUGUUGUUUAAGAUGCAUGCAGCCUCGGGAUCAUAACUUUGCCACCACAUGUGUUUGCCGAGUGCCCAAGCAUCUGAGGGAGGAGAAGGUUAUAGAGUGUGUGCAUUGUGGCUGUAGGGGCUGUGCCAGUGGAGAUUGACUAGUGGUAUGUCGUUCAAAUUGUAAUACUCGUGAGGAUGUUGAACCACAUUAUCCUUGGUACCGUGGAUUGGUCGGAAUUUGUAACUUUCAGCUGAUCUUAAUUAAUCUGGGACGUCCCUUUGUAAAUGGUAUUAGUAGUAUGUGUUUCUUUGAUCUGAACAACAGUUAAUUGUGUUUUCGACUAACUAUCUUGAAAGCUGAAAGACUUUGGAGUUUUAGUGAAACUUUGUAUUGAUGAAUGAUUCUAAUUCGUAUUGAACUUGCAGCGUGUCA